CAAUUAUACAUUCCUAGCUUACAAGUUUCAAACACAUUUGAGUUUUGCAACAUAAAAUCACCUCCAUAUCUAGAAAAUUUCUAAACCUCUACAGCAAUGGAAAUUUCAGUUUGUUCCUUCUACUCCUUAUCUCUCACUUCAUGUUCGUGUUCUACAAAUUCGUCUCGUUGGAAAGUGGGAUUCGUCCCACAAAGGAGGCCAAAUCCCAUCAAGAUUUUUGCAUCGCGAAGAGAUCAUGAUUAUGACGGUAAGCUUGUGGACGAAGACAUGAUAGGUCUAAGAAAAAGAAUUCAUGAAAUGAAGAUGGUGGAGGAGAAGCAUGAACCUCCAUCGAAUUGGAUGGAGUGGGAAAAAAGAUAUUAUCCGAACUAUGAUUCAGAUGUUUGUGAAGCUGUUGGAUUGCUUCAAUCCGAGUUGAUGAAGAUGAGACCAAGCAUGGUUUUGACAAUGGUGGUUCUUGUUUCAAUAAGCGUGCCCGUAUCAAUGGGUGUGAUUAUGUUCCAUUUGAUGGAGUUGGCUAAGGAGGCUUGCGUUGGAAUUCCUUUUUGUUAGUUGCUAUUAUGGUUGUAAAUUUGAUUGGCUAUACUUAGAAGAUACCACCUCUUUCUAAUUAUUAUUAUUAUUUUCUUUUUCCACCAAGAUAUGAUUUUCUUUGACUUGGUAAAUUUUAACUCAUUCUUUAUUA